CAGCAGCGCACCAGGCGAGCGGCGGCGGAGGGCCGUUCGUUUCCCCCGGAGCCCCGGCAGGGGGCGCCACUGAGGGAGGGUCCAGCAGAGGGCGGGCGAAGAGGCACGGAAUGGAGGCGGAGGCCGCAGGAGGUUGGAAUUCUGAACAAACAUCUUUAAACCGUUUUACAUAUCCAGUACCUGAGACAAGAUUUUUUCAUGCUGGACUGAACAUUUAUAAAUUUAAAAUCAAAUAUGGCAACACUGUUAGUACUAAUGUUGGCCUUCAUGAGAACAUUAUCAAUGAAGAACUAGAGGAGGCCAUCCGAGUGAUCUUGGGAAACCUGAAUAAUUUAUGCCCAUUUACUACUGAACACUUGGUUGUGUUUCCAUAUUUAGACAAAUGGGAAAAAGUGUCAGACUUGAGAUUCAAGCGUGGGGAUGCAUUUCUUUCCCCCUGUCCUUACGUCUGCAUUGUCUACACAGAAGUACGUUCAAGGCAGAAAAGGCUAUUUCUGGAUAAAUCAGAAUACAGGGAUCCCUUUAACUUUGUUGACAAUACAAGCAAACUGACCGUGAAUGUAGGCACAGAGAGUGCUAUGAAGUGGAGGAGGCAGGAAUGCACAGCAGAAAUCUCACAUGCACAGUUGUCUGUAGACAGAAAUGUAGCCAGAGGUGCAGCCUAUAUCUGUGGUGCAGCCAGGCCACAUGUUGGAAGAACAAGACUUCAGAAAGAUGUGAUGUAUCUAAGAGAGAAUUUGCCGGAAGAAAUACAGCUUCAGUACUUUGGUGCCGCCAUUCUUAACCAUGGUUCCGACAAUAUGCCCUUGGGGGAGCAUUUAGACUAUGACAAGGCAGAAAAUCCCGACCGUGGGCAGCAGGAUAGGCCAGAACCGGCCUUACCACAGGGACCAAAGGAACAUACGGAGUUGAAAAAGGGAGGCUUUUUAGAGCUACUGAAAAGCACUCUGUUUCCACCAUUUCUGCAGCACAUUUUGAGCGGAAUCAUUCAACCUUCUUGAAGCGUUACACGUAGUAAAACCUGGGAAUUCCAAUCGCGUGUAAUCUUUAAAGCUACAGUAGAUGUUUAGGGUUUUUGUGUGUAUGUGUUACUGUUAUUUCAAAGCAUUCAGCUUUCUGAAUUAGUGCAGUUAUUUGAAACUGUGGGCACACAUGUUUGGAGUUUUCUCUCUUAUUACAGUUUAAAAUAUUGAAUAGUUUGGUUAAAUGAUUCAUUUUAGAGUCUGUUCAAAUGUGUAAAAUGUUCAAAAGUGAGAGUUUGAAUUCUUAAUGGUUCCUUAUAAGAGGCUGUAAUAUUUUACUGGAAUGAAUAAAUAACCCUUUGCAAUCA